AAUACGUAACAGUAAUAUUAUUAUUACUGUAAUUAUUACUGUAUAUUAUUACUGUAAUAUGUAUAGAGUAAUAUGUUUACUGUACACGAAGAACAGUUUAUUCGGAUCACUCAGCAUGUUCAACUGUAGCAAACUACUUGAAAUGCGUCCGAAUUGCUCGCUUACAUUCGAGCCGCUCACUUACAUUUCAAGCCGCCCGAUUUCUUUUGAGCUACGCGAUUCUUUCGAGUCUCGGCUCGGAUCGAUCGUUCGAGCCGAGUAAUACCCGACUCGUGUUUUGCGAGUACUCAAACAGCUUUAUCUUGGAGGAAUUGGUGUAAAAUUUAUAGUAGCUAAUGCGUGGUCGUAUAAUUCUUACAAUUAGAAGCUACUGCUAGUAGCGUUUAUGGAAUUGCUAGUAUUUCAAACUAGGUUGGUACGAUUGAAUACAACAAUCAGGUGAUCAACGCCACGCAGUCGCGGUUGCGAUACUGCAUAGGCGUAAAGCAGCUAGCUGCAGCUGUAAGUAAACCCGUAAACUCGCUGCUCACUGCCAUACGUACCUCAUUGAAAACAGUGAUAUUUUCGAGAUGAAACAUUGAGAAUUCAACGAAAGUGAAACAGUGUGCCGUUGUUUGUUGUUGGAAGAACUCGGACGGAGAGACAUCGUUGUGUAAAACUAUGUCCGCCGAUAUACGAAAAGUAUAUCAGAUGUGUCGCAGUGUUCGUGUAAGAUGUCUGUGUUGAACAUUUCUCGGGCGCAUCGAAACACAUGUUCACAUGUUUAUACAAAAUAGCGCAACAGCUUCGUUUAAACGCAUCAAUUCGAACGUGACAACCAAAUUACUUUCGAGCGUGAAGCGCAAUACACGUAACACGUAACUAUUUACCAAACAACCUCUCUCUUGAAGCCCGUAACACAGCCUUGACAACAAACAAUAUACGUACAAUCAGCUUUCGACACCCUCGGUUCGUUACCAAGAGACCGGCAAAGAUGUAUCAAUUCAAACCGUUCGUGUUUAAAAAGCACGAGGCGAGCAGUGUCGAGUGUCCAAAACCAAGAAGUGGGCACAGAAUAGUUUGUGAUCAUAAGUACUUGUAUUCUUAUGGUGGUUUCAAUCCAUGCAUAUCUGACAGCGAUCCUGACAUGCAAAACGAUCAAGCAUGGACAUCGAGUAAACCACUGUUCAAGGAAUUAUGGAAGUUCAACCUCGUUUCACAGCAAUGGAGCCGUCUGCAAGGUCAAGAUAGUAUGCCCAACGAAUUGGCAUCCAACGCUGUUAUUUUAAUUAGGAACAAGUUAAUAAUUUAUGGUGGAACCGGUGUACCUUUCGGUUCCAGUUGUAGUAAUAGUCUUUAUUUCGGCAAUCUAAAAAGUGGUAAAAUAUUUGAACUUCCCGCAUCCGGAGAUCUACCAGAUCCUCAAUACGGACAAGCUAUAAUUCGCCAUGGAUCUUAUUUGUAUACCGUCGGUGGUACAACGGGAUAUGAAUACACUUGUGACAUUCAUAGAUACGAUUUUAGAUGUGGUGUGUGGGAGAAAGUUUACAUAUGUUCUGGAAACGAUGAAAACGAGCCUACAGGACGAUAUAGACAUGAACUAGCAUAUGAUGGAAAACUUAUAUAUGUUCUGGGUGGAGGAACAGCCAUAGAAUCAUUUGGUUUCUCAGAAAUUCCUGCUUUCGACCUAGAGAUGAAUAAGUGGAUAGUAUUAAAUACAUAUGGUGAUAACGAGGCUGAUGCAGAUACUUCGGUACCAGAGCCUAGACGUUGCCACGGUUCUGUGCAAUACAGAGAUGAGAAGACAGGAGCCAUUUCGGUUGUAAUUUCUGGAGGAUACAACGACGAACAUGUCUUCUCCGAUGUUUGGAGAUUAGAUUUGAGCGUACUGCAAUGGACCUGUUUAAGGAAAUGUAUAUUACCAUGUCCUCUAUAUUUUCAUUCUGCUGCCCUAACUCCGGAAGGACGCAUGUAUAUAUUUGGCGGUAUAAUAAAAAAUAACAAUGAGGUGGCAAGAACAGAUGCUGUACAUUCUGUGUGGUUGAAAAUCCCAAGGUUAUCGGAGAUAUCUUGGGAGGCGUUAAUUAGUUACUUUCCACAUCUAUGUCGUACAUCGCCACACGAACUGCUUCUCAUAGGUAUACCAUUAAAAUUCGUGCAAAGAAUUGAUUUUCCUUAACUUUGUUAUUUAUUGUAUGAAUAUUGUAAUUGUUGAUCAUGAACUGAAUUACACGAGCUACAAUACUUCUCUAAUGUAAUACCGACAAAAUAGACUUACUUCUUGUAAUAAUAUUAUGUUUGCGGUUGACUAAUACGUAAUUGUUUGUUUCGGGAGUUUUAUACUUACAGCUGACACUUUUAUUCAAUUUGUUAGAAAAAAUAUAUAUAUAUGUGUAAAAAAAUAUAUAUAUAUUUACUGUACAAAUUGUUUGUAAAGAUUCCUAAAUCUAGUUCAUACACAAAGUAUAUUUUUGCAGUAGAAAACUGUGCGCUAAUUUAAAAUUAUAUUUACAAAAAAAAUGUGAGAAUUGUAGAACUUUUACGUUCCAGUAAAUCGAUAAACAAAGGCUGCGCAUUUUUAUGUCGACAUCGACGGAGAAGUAAUUGAACAUUUAUUUAUUGUCUGUGGCGUUAAUUUUUUAACAACUACGAGUUGGUCUGCAAAAGGAAAUAAAAUAGCGAGCAUGAUGGUUGAUUUUUCGCGUUGAUGAUCGUCUCCUCUUUUGCAGACUAAGUGUCGUUGACGAAUAAACUGUAGUGUUAUGUUAAAACGGUCGCGCGCGACAUAUUCUUGUUAAUAAAUCGACUAAAGUAUAUUUAUGCGGUGAAUCUCUGCGUGGGAAACCAAGUCAACGCAAGGUUUAAAUGAACAAAAAACAGAUAUAAAUAAUAUUAUCGCUUCUUCUUCUUCUUCUACUUUGGCACAAAGGUAACUCAAAAUACACGAUAAACGUACGUUGCCUUUUUCUGCAUUUACAAUUUCUCUCGAGCAGAACUUCGUAUCAGGCAAAAUACACUUGCGUACCAAUUACAGAGUACAAAGUAGUUUAAAAAAAAAGGAUUACUUUGGUCAGCACUGAAUAAAUAGCGUCUAUUUAUUAUUGCUAAGGCACGGAAAUCAUUUAACGCUUGGACAACGAUGUUGAGUCUGCCCGAGUUCACAAGAUUCUCGUUUACUUAAUUUGUUGUAUGAUAAUUUGAUCAUUUAAACUAUUUGUUGUUCGUUGUUUUUAUAAUAUUUCUCAAAUAAACGUGUCACAAAAUGCAUUUAUAAUAGAGCCUCCGUAGCGUCGCGUAUUGACGACCUGUUUUACAGCGUCAUACUUCUACCCCAACUAUCCCAGUGGUGCGUGAGCCUUCAAGAAUGAAAAGUUUUCUGUGAUUAUCUCUCUCUCUCUCUCUCUCUCUCUCUCUCUUUCUCUUUCUCUUACUCUCUAACUGGAGUGAAAGCAUAAUUUGUUUUCUUCCAGCGUCGCGUUGUGUCUCUCCCAGUUGCGCGAUGUUGUGGAGGAAGCAUAGUUUAAUUAAUUCGUAAUUAAAUUUUUACUGGAAGUAGCAUAUAAUAAUUAGAUCGCAGAUCUUUAUGUAUUAAUGAUUCAUAAAAUUCUUUUAUGUUCUCCACAAGGAAAUUCUUGAGCAACGAACGAGAUUUUUACUGUAUUCUUGUAAAUGAUUUAGAGGGAAUAUACAUAAAGAUCUGCAUUUAAAUAAUAAUUCUUGUUGUUUAAUUUAUGAACUGCACUGAACGCUAAGUGACACCACGCGGAUUCCACUCAACAUAGGCACAAAGGUUGUCUCCUCUUCACAUUGUUCUAUUCUUGGUACUGUUUAUUACCGAAGAGGGCAGCUAUGCAUUAGCAAAGGUGAAUUGUAAAUGGAGAAUCGAAUGUUAUACAUAUAGCCGAUACUCUUUCUCCGACGUCUUUGUGUCGCGAUCUUCUAAGAAAAUGCGCAACUCACACCCGACACCCUUAACAAUAAUCAUAAUUAUACGAAAACGGUGUCAUGUCUAAGAUAAGAGUUUCACGACUCGUCCGAUUGAAAAGAUGACUUCACGAACGUAGGAACAAGUUUUUGGGCAGCUGUGCAAAGGCUAUAUUGAAAUCUAAAUUGGCGCAUGAAUGAAGCAAGUAAGAUCUCAUUUGACGGUCCGGAUGAUAAUCCCACUUGUUGCCUUUAUCGUGUCGGCAGAACGGUGAAAGUACUCUUCACACGGCACACUCUAUUGCAAAUUGCUAUUUGUAGUAAAUUUUGUCUCGUGUCUGAAAGAAUACGUCUAUAAUUCAAAAGCUUGGGUUUGAACGAAACAUCUGCUCACGGUGAAUCAGAUAGAAAUCGACGAGUUUUUCUGAUGAACAACAGAACAAGUACAGACAUAAACGAUAGAUAAAAGUUAGUGUUCUUACCUCUGAAUACACAUACAGGAUAUUUCUGAUUCAGUCAAAUUCUACGUGAAAAAAUGAAAUGAAAAUAUAGGAAUAAAGUUUUCUCAAAUAAGAAUUCGUCGUCGCGAAAAUAGAUUUUGAAAGCCGUCAGGUUUGUGUACGUUUACAGGAAAGUAGAAUUGACCAGUCAUGAACAGACGUGACAGAGCAAUUAGCAUCAGCUGUUUGCUAUAGCACUAGCACAUGUUCCACGAUGAAUAUUCAGAGUCGAUCUUCUCGAAGACUAUCGGAUCAGAAAUGGCCUGUAUUAUAUACACAUUAAUAAGUGAUAAGACUAUACAUUGCGAGUAGACUGAUUAUGAAUUCAAAUCGAUGCUCGCACCUAUUCGUCGUGCUCAAAUCGAUAGAAAACUAUGCAAUAGAACUCUGAAAAUGAAUAGUAUGUUUUUCCAAGAGAUUGUUUAUCGACCUCAUGAGUAUUAAGUGAAUUGAUUUUCGUUGUAAAUAUAAAGAACAUUUUAUUGUACUUAUCAUUGUUGUACAAACGAAAGAAUGAUAAAACUCUGCUCUACAUAA